AUGAAGCGUGUUAGGCGUUUAGUUGUACUGGCAGUUCAACUUGCAAUCAUAGUAUGCACAAGUUAUCAACUGACAAAAUUACUUUUUCAAUUUAAAUGGAAGGAACAAUUCGGCUUAUCACGAAAUGAUGAUGGUUUCUCCUACAAUGUAUUACCACGUGAAAGUUAUUCAAGUUCAGCGCGUAAUUCAAAUCAGACCUAUUAUAUUGCAUCACAAAUGACGAGAUCAAGAUGGCUUGAAGCCGAUGUUAUAAUCUUGACAGAUCACCUGCAUCCUAAAGGUCCAAGACCACCAAAUCAGCUAUGGUUCAUUUUUGUACAUGAAUCUCCCCCAAACAUUAGAAUCGCUGAUGGAUUGGAAAAUGAAGUCAACUACACAAUCUCUUAUCGAAUGGAUUCAACAAUUUAUUUACCGUAUCACAAUUAUAUCCCAUAUGUUGCUAGUCAUGGUCCAGAUACAAAAUACGUACUUCCUUCCCGUAAUUAUGCCACUGGUAAAUCUAAAAUGGUAGCAUGGUUUGUAAGCAACUGUCAACCUAAAAGUCCGAGAAUGAUUUACGCAAACGAGUUAUCUCGUUAUAUUCAAGUUGAUAUUUAUGGUGGGUGUGGUACAAUGACAUGUCCUAGAGAAGUCGAUGCUCAAUGUUUUUCUCUACUUAGAAAGCAUUAUAAAUUCUACUUGAGUUUUGAAAAUAGUUUAUGCCCUGAUUAUAUUACGGAAAAGAUUCACAGAAAUGCAUUAAUAAGAUCGAAUCAGGCAUUUCGUCAAUUCCAUUUCCUCAUGAAGCGUGUUAGGCGUUUAGUUGUACUGGCAGUUCAACUUGCAAUCAUAGUAUGCACAAGUUAUCAACUGACAAAAUUACUUUUUCAAUUUAAAUGGAAGGAACAAUUCGGCUUAUCACGAAAUGAUGAUGGUUUCUCCUACAAUGUAUUACCACGUGAAAGUUAUUCAAGUUCAGCGCGUAAUUCAAAUCAGACCUAUUAUAUUGCAUCACAAAUGACGAGGUAUGAAAAUAAAAUUACACUCGGAUUUACUGAGAAAGAUCUUGAAAAAUUAUAUGAAGUGAAAUCUACUCCAUCUGCCAGAAAAAUAAUUCUCAACUAUGGAAACCUUCGUAUCAAUAUUAUUCGAAACUUCUCCUUAUGUUUCGCUUGUGAUUGUGAACUGAUUUUCGACAGAUCAAGAUGGCUUGAAGCCGAUGUUAUAAUCUUGACAGAUCACCUGCAUCCUAAAGGUCCAAGACCACCAAAUCAGCUAUGGUUCAUUUUUGUACAUGAAUCUCCCCCAAACAUUAGAAUCGCUGAUGGAUUGGAAAAUGAAGUCAACUACACAAUCUCUUAUCGAAUGGAUUCAACAAUUUAUUUACCGUAUCACAAUUAUAUCCCAUAUGUUGCUAGUCAUGGUCCAGAUACAAAAUACGUACUUCCUUCCCGUAAUUAUGCCACUGGUAAAUCUAAAAUGGUAGCAUGGUUUGUAAGCAACUGUCAACCUAAAAGUCCGAGAAUGAUUUACGCAAACGAGUUAUCUCGUUAUAUUCAAGUUGAUAUUUAUGGUGGGUGUGGUACAAUGACAUGUCCUAGAGAAGUCGAUGCUCAAUGUUUUUCUCUACUUAGAAAGCAUUAUAAAUUCUACUUGAGUUUUGAAAAUAGUUUAUGCCCUGAUUAUAUUACGGAAAAGAUUCACAGAAAUGCAUUAAUCAACAAUGUAAUUCCAGUUGUGAUGGGUGCCUCAUAUGAAGAGUACAAGCGUGUCACUCCUCCUCAUUCGUUUAUUCAUGUGGAUCAGUUUGAAUCCCCAGAAAAACUUGCCAACUAUUUGAAGUAUUUGGACAGAAACGAUACUGCAUACAAUGAGUACUUUGCAUGGCAUGAACAUGGGACCAUAGAUGCAUGGUCGCCUUUACCUCAAUGCGCUAUAUGCUUAUUAGCACAUACUGCUCAUAAACUGAAAACGUAUACAUUCCCAAACGUUUCGAAAUGGUGGAACGACGCUUGUGUUGGUCGUAAAAUACGCUGGAAUCCUAUCCAUUAG